AACUAGCAAAGAGGCGGACAGAAAUGCCAUUCCCAGAGCCUUCACGUGGGACUUCCCAUUCCAGAGUGCAUCGGAGUCACAGCCACACACAGGACCGCAAAUCUCGGAAUGAACGGACAGAUAAAGCCAAGGAAAGAUCGCGAUCCAUGGACAACUCCAAAGGGCCACUGGGAGGUGGAAGCUCCCUGUUAGGCCCUCCUGAAGACUACGAUCGUAGUCCGGACCACCGAAGCCGCUACUACACCGAUGAUGGGACGCUAAGGGCCUCAUCACAAAAAUCGUCACACUAUUCGCGCAUUAUGUUUUCGGCUGCUAAGUUCAGCUCCGAGAUAUCUGUUCCUGAUAUGGGCAAGAUGAGCCUGGACACUCCUUUGGAGCGAAACAAGAGCAGGGACAGCCUGCCAGCCUACAGCGACAUGAAGGCCCUGUCGCCCAAGCCUCUGGCAGAUGACUACUUCCAGUGCAAUACGUCGAAUGAAACAAUCCUAACAGCCCCGUUACCACUGGGCAAAUCUGACCAUGACACUUUAACGCCAUCAGAUGGAAUCUGCAAGGGGUCGCCAGCUGAUCGGCAGACGUCGCACCUCACUUCCCCUCAUCCAAUGGAGUACAAAGAGGAUGCCUCCACCUCCAAGGGACACAAUGGAUCUGGUAAACCCACGCCAAGCCAGACUCCGGAGCCCAAUUCUAGUGGACGUUUAAUACAACAUCAGCAACACAAUGCUGACCCUGGGGGAGGAGGUGGAGGUGGCAGUGGUGUGAUGGUGGAUAAGAGGAAAGAGAUUUUCAGCAAGGACACUUUGUUCAAACCGCCACACAGCAUAUUGACAAUGAGCUACGUUGACACUGGCUACUCCAAGUCAGGCACGUUGCGAAAGACGCCGCACAUGAAAUCAUCUGAGGUGCUUGAUACUCUAGAACCCCAGCCUCCGCCUAACUCUGGCCCUUCAUCUGCAUCUGCCCCAGCGCCUACAGGUCCGGAACAGGGAAUCCCGUCUACAUCAGAGGCCGCCUUUGACUACUACAACGUGUCGGAUGAUGAUGACGACGAGGAGGUGGAGGAAGCCUCUCAUAAAGAGACGGCUCCACCAGAGGGAAAGGUUAGGACCGGGGGAGGAGAGAGUGGUGGUGGGGGUGGAGUCAGUGUUGGGGGUGGGGUUGGGGGCGGGACUAUGCAGUGGCUGCUGGAACGAGAAAAGGAGCGCGAUCUACAGAGGAAGUUUGAGAAUAACCUGACUCUGCUGAGCCCCAAGGAGAACGAGAACACCAACAGCCAGAAGUCGGCGCACUCGGCACGUCUGGACAGUAUGGACAGCAGCAGUGUGACCGUAGACAGUGGAUUCAACUCACCACGGACACGGGAAAGUUUGGCGUCCAACACCUCGAGUAUCGUGGAGAGUAACCGGCGCCAGAAUCCGGCGCUGAGUCCGGGUCACAUGGGCAGCUCCCUGAUCGGCGCUCCGUUCUCCUUCCGCUCCGUGGCCGAGGCUCCCAGCACGCAGGCCGAGAAACUGCAGAAACCCAACAACUGCCUCGCCUCCAUCACCAGCGUCUGACCCGACUCGAGGAGAAACACGCAAAAAAACACGUAAAAGCUCGGGCCGAGGAUAAACACAAAACAAAAACACGAAAAAACAAACAAACACUCGGGCCGUGACAAGCACCUCAAACCUCCACGGGGACUGUUAAACCCAACAGGUAUGGCUUCCACUGACUGUUCUACAGCAUCGCAACAAAUCACUGCAAAAAAGAAGAAAAAAAAGGAGAAAAAAUAGUCAAAAUGGAAAUGAAUCAUGAUUUAUCUCAAUCAGGAAAUUCUCCAGUUAUUUUCAUAACCCGGGAUAGUCUUGAAGUAUCUGGUCAUGUUUUAUUUUUUUUGUUUCGUUUUUUUGUUUUGUUUUUUUUUCCAGUAAUAAUUGUUGUUUUUUUUUUGUUUUUUUUUUCUCAUCCUGUUGAUGGAUUGCACUCUGACACGAGGAUCCCGACAGUUUUAAAGAGAUCAAAAAUCGAAACGUCACACGGAAGAAAGCCGCUAUGAGAUCUCAAGCAUUAAAUUUCACGAUUCAUAAUGUUGUAUGAUAAAAAAAAAUAUAAAAAAAAACCCAGAGAAAUAAAGUCAUUCUUCAUGACGGCGUUAGCUCUGUUGAUAAAGUAAUAAGAACUGGAGUCAUACUUUUCAUAUUGCUUAUUAAAAAAAAAGAAAAAUAAAUAGUACUUAGAUUGACUUACUAUAAAAGAAAAACAAUCUUAUUCUGAAAUUAAAGGAUUCAUUUAGGGUUUUUAAAAAAAACAACACGAGGACUGUUGACUUUUUUCUUUUCUUUUUUUUUUUUCUUUUCUUUUUUUCCUUUUUUCAGUUGAAAUCCCAGACGAGGCAAAGUGUGUAACGUGUGUGACUGUACAUCACUUAACGAAUUUACCUGUUUCAUUAAAGUUUCUAUCUGACAUUUAA